CAGCAGGCAGAGAGCCUUCCUUUUCCGAUUCUCUAUUUCCUUUCCUCAUUCCCAAUCUCCGAACCAUCCCUAAAAACAACUGACGAGAGAUCGACGAUGAUGAAGAUGCCUUGGAGGAGGAAGAGCAGGAGCUUCCAUCUUCAGCUACAAGGGGCAAUUGAUGCUCAAAUUGGGAUUGGAGCCUGACGUUGUGACAUUUACUACCUUAAUUAAUGGGCUUUGUAUAGAGAGUAAAAUCGACAAAGCAGUGGAAUUUUUCGAUGAUAUGGUUGCACGUGGUUAUCAACCUGAUGUUUAUACUUACAAUACGAUAAUAAACGGAAUCUGUAAAUUUGGGAAAACAAACGUGGCUAUUGGGCUGCUAAAGGGAAUGGCUGAUAGAGGUUGUGAGCCAGAUGUUGUGACAUACGGAGCAAUCAUUGACGCCCUUUGCAAGGAUGAGCUAGUUGGUGAGGCUUUAGAGCUCUUCUCUCAAAUGAGGAAUAAGGGCAUUUCACCUAAUGUCGUCACUUACAAUAGUUUAAUUCAUAGUGUUUGCAAAUUAGGCCAAAAGAACCAAGCUUUGGCCUUGAUGAAUGAAAUGGUGGAGCAGAACAUAUCACCUGAUGUUUAUACCUUCAAUGUAUUGAUUGACGCUCUUUGUAAGGAUGGAAUGGUUUCAGAGGCUCAAAAUACAUUCAAUGUAAUGAUUCAAAGAGGUGUAGAGCCUGAUGUGGUCACCUACAAUUCCUUAAUCGAUGGUCUUUGCAUUUCAGACCAAUUGAAGGAAGCUUUGGCCUUGUUGAAAGAAAUGGUGGGGAGGAACAUAUCCCCUAGUGUUUUUACCUUCAAUAUAUUGAUCGACACUCUUUGUAAGAAAGGACUGGUUUCAAAUGCAGAGAAUAUAAUCAAAAUAAUGAUUCAAAGAGGUGUGGAACCUGAUGUUGUCACUUAUAAUUCAUCGAUGGAUGGAUAUUGUCUGUGCAACCAAAUUGAUAAGGCUAGAAAGCUAUUUGAUCUGAUGGUGACCAAUGAAAUAGCUGACAUUUUUAGCUACAACAUUUUGAUCAAUGGAUAUUGUAAGUGCAAAAUGAUAGAUGAUGCAGAGGAACUUUUUGAUGAAAUGUCUCAUAAAGGUUUAGUUCCUAAUGUUGUUACUUAUCAUACUCUUAUAAAGGGUAUGUUUCAAGCAGGGAGGCCCCAAAAUGCAAAAGAGCUUUUUAAGGAUAUGUGCUCUCAUGGAUGUUUACCAGAUAAUUGUUGCUACAGCAUUUUGAUCAAUGGAUAUUGUAAGUGCAAAAUGAUAGAUGAUGCAGAGGAACUUUUUGAUGAAAUGUCUCAUAAAGGUUUAGUUCCUAAUGUUGCUACUUAUCAUACUCUUAUAAAGGGUAUGUUUCAAGCAGGGAGGCCCCAAAAUGCAAAAGAGCUUUUUAAGGAUAUGUGCUCUCAUGGUCAACAGCCAGAUAUAGUAACCUUCUCAACUAUGAUUGAUGGCUUGUGUAGACAAGGGAAUCUCGAUGAAGCACUCACACUAUUGAAAGCAAUGGAGAAAAGUCAGUUGAAGCCUAAUUUCAUGAUCUAUAGCAGUCUGAUCAAUGGUAUGUGCAAAGUUGGGAAGAUUAAUGAUGCCAAGGAACUGUUUUGUAGUCUUUUUGAAAUUGGUUUACAGCCUGAUGUUUGUGUAUAUAAUGCAAUUAUGAAAGGACUCUGCCAACAAGGAUUAAUGGAUGAAGCGUAUAAGUUAUUUAAAGACAUGGAAAAGGUAGGAUGUUUACCAAAUAAUUGUUGUUAUAAUAUCAUCAUUCAAGGGUUUCUCAAGCAUGAGGAUUUACCAAAAGCAUCAGAACUAAUCAACGAAAUGGUUGAUAAGGGGUUCUUUGCUGAUGAUGCUACCACAGAAUUGGUAGUACAUUUGUCGCAGAAUAAUGAUCUCAUUCUAAGCAAACUACGAAAUCGUUCUGAGGCUUCUAAAGCUGUGCAAUGAGGGAUCAGCAAACUAAAGUUAUAUUUUGACCAUUCAAUGGUGUCUUGGAGAGAAACUUGGUACAUCUGAGCUUGAGCAUGGUGCAGUAUCUCUUCCACCAGUCCACCAGGUCUUUUCCCGCAUGCCUGAGAUGAAGAUGGAUUAGAUGAGCAAAUCGAGGAUUUUUGUUGAUUACUUGUUGUACACAUUUUGGGGUACUAUUUGUUUUGGCAUUUACUACAAAAACAUACUUUUAAUUAUACAUUUUUUGUGGUUGUACUAGAUUAUUUUUGUUCAAUUUUAAGUUCAAAAGACUUUUCUUUUUAUUAUAA